UGAGCACUGAAACAGGCACGUCAUUUCAUUCACCUCCUGAUCAAAUAUGGAUCUGCAAAUCUCAGUUUUUCUUCUGUUCAUCCUUUUCACUGCAGGACACUCUCUCAGCUGUUAUGAGUGCAGGUUCAAUCUGACGGGUUCUUGUGCAAAUCAAAAUGAAAAAACAUGUCCCAGUGGAUUUUCCAAGUGUAUGAGUACAACAACAGAGGUAAAAGUUGGUGGCAUUAAUGCUAAAGUGAAGGCUAAAGACUGUGCUGUUGACUGUGUAAGUGGGUCCAUGAACCUCGGCACUGCAAAGACAUCUUUAGCGUGCUGUAACACAGACCGGUGUAACGUCCAAGACGCUCCAGAUCCCAGCACUAGCGCCCCCAAUGGAAAGACUUGUUACUCUUGUGAUGAGAAGAGCUGCUCAAACAUAUUGAGCUGUUCAGGAAGUGAAGACCGCUGCUUUAAGGCAACAGGCACUAUCGGUGGCCAGUCAACAGUUGUAAAAGGCUGUCUCUCUAAAUCUAUCUGUGAUGCUGAAACUUCGGUUAGAGAUGUUCAGAGUGCCUCAUGUUGUGAGGGGAAUCUGUGUAACAGUGCUGAGAGUGUCACUCAGAGCUUCCUGUUC